CACAGCCGACGACGGGUACCUUGUAUCUGCGAACGCCCCUUCUACCCUCUGUCCCCCACUUGGGCCGGAGCGGAACCUUCUAGUCCCGCUGAGAGCAGCGCAGGCAGGAUGCCGAUCAACAAAUCUGAGAAGCCGGACAAGGCUGAAAAUUCUGAUAAUGUCAAGGUCGUUGUUCGCUGCCGGCCUUUCAAUGAGCGAGAGAAAGUGAUGUGUUACAAGAUGUCUGUUAACGUCGACGAAAUGCGAGGCACUAUCACUGUCCACAAAACAGAUUCUUCCAAUGAACCUCCCAAGACAUUUACAUUUGAUACUGUUUUUGGGCCAGAGAGCAAACAGCUUGAUGUUUAUAAUUUAACUGCAAGGCCAAUUAUUGACUCUGUUCUGGAAGGAUACAAUGGCACCAUUUUUGCUUAUGGACAGACUGGAACAGGGAAGACAUUUACGAUGGAAGGUGUCCGGGCUGUUCCGGAACUCAGGGGGAUCAUUCCAAAUUCUUUUGCUCAUAUAUUUGGGCACAUUGCAAAGGCAGAAGGCGAUACAAGAUUUUUGGUUCGAGUCUCAUAUUUGGAAAUCUACAAUGAGGAAGUGCGUGACCUGCUGGGGAAGGACCAGACACAGAGACUAGAAGUUAAAGAACGACCUGAUGUGGGAGUCUAUAUCAAAGAUCUUUCAGCUUAUGUUGUAAACAAUGCAGAUGACAUGGACAGAAUUAUGACACUAGGCCACAAAAACCGUUCUGUUGGUGCCACUAAUAUGAAUGAGCACAGUUCUCGUUCCCAUGCAAUCUUUACAAUCACAAUCGAGUGCAGUGAGAAGGGUGUCGAUGGGAAUAUCCAUGUGCGCAUGGGCAAGCUGCAUCUAGUAGAUCUUGCGGGAUCAGAAAGACAAGCAAAAACUGGAGCCACUGGGCAACGACUCAAGGAAGCUACAAAAAUUAAUCUCUCUCUCUCUACCCUUGGGAAUGUCAUUUCUGCACUGGUGGAUGGAAAGAGCACUCAUGUGCCAUACCGUAACUCCAAGCUGACUCGACUGCUGCAAGAUUCCCUUGGGGGCAACUCCAAGACGAUGAUGUGUGCAAACAUUGGCCCAGCAGACUACAAUUACGAUGAGACUAUCAGCACUCUACGAUACGCCAACCGUGCCAAGAACAUCAAGAAUAAGGCUAGAAUUAAUGAAGAUCCAAAGGAUGCCUUGCUUCGCCAGUUUCAAAAGGAAAUUGAAGAGCUUAAGAAAAAGUUGGAGGAAGGUGAAGAGAUCUCUGGCUCUGAGACCAGUGGCUCUGAAGAUGAUGAUGAAGAUGAUGAUGGAGAGAUUGGUGAAGAUGGAGAAAAGCGAAAGAAACGAAGGGGCAGUAGCAGCGGCAGUAGUUCAGACUCUACAUGCUCUGUCAUAGAAAAACCUCUGGACAAAUCCUUCACUAGAAAGAAGAAAGUUUCUCCUGACAAGAUGGUGGAGAUGCAAGCCAAGAUCGAUGAAGAACGGAAAGCUCUUGAAACAAAGCUUGAUAUGGAAGAGGAAGAAAGAAACAAAGCCCGGGCAGAGCUUGAAAAGAGGGAGAAAGACCUGCUUAAAGCACAGCAAGAACAUCAGUCUCUGCUGGAGAAGUUGUUGGCCUUGGAAAAAAAAGUGAUUGUGGGAGGUGUGGACUUGCUAGCAAAAGCAGAGGAGCAGGAGAAGCUUCUAGAGGAAUCUAACAUGGAGCUUGAGGAACGAAGGAAAAGAGCAGAGCAGCUCCGAAAGGAACUUGAAGAGAAAGAGCAAGAGCGUUUGGACAUUGAGGAAAAAUAUACCAGCCUCCAAGAGGAAGCUCAAGGGAAGACCAAAAAACUGAAGAAAGUCUGGACAAUGCUAAUGGCAGCAAAGUCAGAGAUGGCAGAUCUGCAACAGGAACAUCAGAGAGAAAUCGAAGGCUUACUGGAGAACAUUCGACAGCUCAGCAGGGAGCUUCGUCUUCAGAUGCUCAUCAUUGACAACUUUAUACCUCAGGACUAUCAGGAAAUGAUUGAAAAUUAUGUUCACUGGAAUGAAGAUAUUGGAGAAUGGCAGCUGAAAUGUGUGGCGUAUACUGGAAAUAACAUGAGAAAACAGACUCCAGUGCCAGAUAAAAAAGAAAAAGAUCCCUUUGAGGUGGACCUUUCCCAUGUAUAUCUAGCUUACACUGAAGAGAGCUUGAGACAGUCUUUGAUGAAACUAGAGAGACCAAGAACUUCAAAAGGAAGAUCAAGGCCCAAAACUGGCAGAAGAAAACGGUCUGCAAAAUCAGGAGCUGUGAUUGAAUCAUUGCUGCAGUAGACUAAAACAGUGGUGGAAUUGCAAUAAAGAUUGGUGUGUGUCAUAAUGCUUGGCCAAAAUAUGGAGAUUCGUCUUUCUGGAGAUCACAGGAGAGUUUGCUGUAUUGCUGAUCCAGAAGUAGCCAUAAAGGCCUGUGCAGUUGCAACAACAAGAAAAUACAUUUGUUUUCCUUGAUUUGCCAUUAUGUUUCCUGUUAUACUAAUGUAAUAUGUUCAGUCUAAAGUACGUGGUAAUUGUAAACUUGUCAAUGUUACUAAUGCUGGUUCAGGCACUGUACAGUGGGAAGCUAUUUAGGAUAUCCUGUGUUUUAAAAUGACAUGUUUAGAAUGGAAGGGAUGUGCUGUGUGAGCGUGUCUAAAUUUUAAACAGAUGGUAAGUAGACAACCACAACGCCAUAUCCCAAUACACUGGUUUUGCUUUGUGCAUUGUUGUUUGCCACUCACAUUGUUCUGCGUUUGCACUGUUGCAUACUUUCUUUUCUUUUUUUAAGCAGGGGUAGCUACUCAGCCUUGAAACCCUCUAAAUCCCCUUCUGUCUUAAGCAUCCACUACCAUACCUAUUCAAAUAACUUACAAUUCCUUUAGCAUGCACAUGAUAUAGGUAGACUUAACGUUGUUAUAAAAGAAGGAUGGUUGCAAACCUAAGUGGUGGUGGGCUUGCCCUGGGGUCUGGAAGGCAAGGGUAAGGAAUCCUUGGGAUUAAAACUGCAGCAAGUAUUCUACUGCAAAUGGGCCAUGCUUGACUAUGGGAACAAUCCCCUUAAACACUGCUGUUCAUCUUUAUUGGGGUUUACAAAGUUUUCAUUGAAGUUAUAGAUGAGACGUGCUAGGCAGCCAGCGCCUGUGGUCCUCUUGUUCUGGGGGGAAAAGGCUAUUCAGGUUACCUGUCGGCUGCAGGCAAGAUUCCAGAGUGGGAAGCCAUGUUGCAGACAAGAAUGCUUUUUGGGGUAGGGCAAGAGAGAAAUUUGAUCACCACUUGGCCCCUGGACUGUAUUUUCAAGAAUAUUGAUGAAGAGCUCUGCUGGGGAUGCUUUAAGGGCUGUUUCACACAGAGAGAGAAGCUAUGCAAGUAUUUUCUCUGGAAGGAGAGGUGUUUACUUGCAGUGAGCAUUGGACAUCAUUAACGGCUUCUGCAUCUUGUGGGUCUUGUUCCAGUACUUAUCGCAGUAACUCACACCUCUUCUUCCCCCUAUUUCAUCCCACCUCUAGUUUGAUUAGACCUGAAAAAGUGUAAUUUCUCUGUCUCUUUCUGACUGUUAACCUAUUGCCCCCUUAAAGUAGUUCUUUGUCACUCUCUAUGAAAACAGUUAUUGUUAAAAACUUUGUCUGUUACAAUCAAAAAUUGUAUUGCCUUUGAGACUUGAAAAGUGAAAUGCUAUGCUAUUCUAGAAGAAGCUGAUGUAGAUAGUUUUAAAAGACAUCUCAUUUUUAAAAUAAACUGCUUGGUUCUAGGUCAAAUGAGUUUGUGGGUAGAAUAUGUGAGCCUGGAAAUGUAUUAGAAAUUACCUUGGUUAUGCAUUCCUCACAGUGUUUCAGUGGAGGAAAAGUAGAAAGCUCCCCAUAAUGUCAAGAACUACUCCAUCUUUGCUGAACCAGGGAUUGAUUUGUAGAGCACUGAGGCAAAGGGGUUCACUUGUAUGAGCAGCUUGGGACAUUGCUACCCUCUCUCUAGCAGUUCCUGUUUCAUUUAAAGGAAAUAUGAGCUCUUUCUUGUUCAUUCCAUAUAUUUAAUUGGCAUCAGCUUAUCUUUCAGAUAGAAUUUCUUAUUUAUGAUGUUAUACAGCUACCGCACACAGAGUAUUGUGAUAAUAUUGCUUUUAUUAGGUUGUUGGAUGGUGAAGGUUGUUAGAUGUAUCUGUUAUUGAAUGUAUUUUUAAAGUCUAAUUUUAAAAUGACACUUCAUCUGCAACAUGUGUUUUAAAAAGUUCGGAUGGCUGCUGUGAAAUGCUCUAAACAAAAGGAGAAUUUUGAUUAUACUUUGGUAAAAAGGACUUACAAUUGACUGCUGUUGAGUCUUACUAAUUGCACCAAAUUGCUAUGAGCCAUAUUGUUUUAUUGUUAAAACUGCUAUAACAAUUGCAGCUAAAUGUCAGCUGAAGAGAAAUGGAUUUUGAAUAUGGAACAGAUACUUGGGUAGAGCAAGAAAGAUGAAGUUGGAGGAAGAACAGCUUUAUGUUCAUAGUUUGGUCCAAACAAGAAAAUUGAGUUGUCCUAUGAACUGUGCUGUGGUGGUUGUACAUACAAUUCUUAGUCAAAUUAUGUCUUUGAAUAUGGUGGCUUUUUAAAAAAAGAAUUCUGUACAUAUUUAUAAUUAGCUCACAAAAACAUUACUACAUUACCUGAACUUAUAGCUAUUGUGUCACUGAUCUGAAUAUUCCAUUUUCAGUAACUUCUCUAAGGAGUUAAAAAGGCCUCUUUUUAACUAUGAUAUGCUCCAUAGUGCAAGGCAUAGUGGUAUUUAUAAGGAGCUAGAAGUGAGGAAGAAUCGAUAUUAGCACCGCAUCAGUGCUGCUUUUCUGAUCAGUGCAGUAUUGUACCUGUAACUGUCAACGGGCAAAGUCUCCGCCUAAAUGUCCACCUAGUGUCUCCAUGCAGAAUUGUGUCACAUGAGGCACACUAAACAUACAGCUUGUGCUAAAAUACCCUAAUUUUAUAAUUCUGCAUCAGCUUUAUGAAGAAAUGUUCUCUAACAAUUAGCCAAAGGAAAUGCCAAUGCAUGCAUUGUCCUUUGAUUGCUACUGGAAUAAUUAGCUACAAGCUUAUCUUUUUCCAAUGGCUUUGCUGUUGGAGAGUUACAAUCCCUGCUUGUUAAGAGGUGGCAAACUUUACAGAUUUCCCCACUCCAGAUUACAUUCAAUGAGAACCUGGCAGACAUGGUGGUUCACUUUUUAAAUGUCAGAACACUUGGCUUAGUUAUAGGCAGCAUAUUAUACAGUUUGUUGUUGAUUUCUUUACCUAGGCCAGUUAUUUAGCCUUAAACCCCAAACGAUAACAUGCUGGAUAAUAAAUCCAAAUAAUAAAUCGAAAACCGCAUUCUGGAUUAGGCACAGCCUUGGCACCCACUGGGACUUUUCCAAGAAGAGAAGAAAUAGAUUCAACAGUCCCCGCUCCACUAUUAUACUAGCCAUGGCAGGCUACACGUAAUGAGAUGGCUGUGGUGAUCUGUGCUGUAAUUGGCCACAGUUUAAUGCAAUGUUCAAAAUGUCUCUCCGUUUCCUGCUUUAACCACAUCUUUUCCUUCUAAUUUAAUUUACAUUCUGCCUGAAAUCCUUGUGGUCUAAUUGUCUUUUCAUAGCUUUAACCAUCACUGCUGGAUAGAAUAGUCUGCCUCCUGGCUAGGUGAACAAAGGCGUAAGACUUAGGUUGUCCACACUGCCACAUCCCAGCACAGUCAUAUAUUUAUUCAGGAAACAUGGCCUAAGCCUCUAUUUUUCCUUUUGGUUUUUUUUACUGCAACAUCUUAAACUAAUUGCGUAUGUCAUACUUCGUUUUUAAAUAUCUUCCCUAGUUCCUGAAUUACAAGAAAAGAAGAAAAAAUGCCUCUCUGUGUGCCUUUGGCGUUAAUUACAUUUUAAAUUAUAGCAGUUAAUUACUGGUCCAUGCCAUCAAUUCUGUAAAUAAGGAUGAGGGGGGUGGGGAAGAUGUACAAUUUAUCCCUAUUUAUUGUUUUGCUAACUUCUUAGUUAACAUUUCUGGUUGGUGGUUUUGUGUACAAAGUGAUUCCUUAUGUUGUAUAUAGUGGUACGAUGUCUCAAGACUGAGCAUGUUGAUGCCAAGAAAUAAACAUCUUGGAUUCCCAA